GCCACGCCAGCAUCCAGCCUGCCUCCUCACUGAGCGCUCACCUCCUAAAGGUCCGUCUCAAGCGCUCCUCAAACUUUUAUUUCUAUUAUUUUUUUCCCGAUCGCUUCACCUACGCAUGGAAUCUGGAACAUCUGAAGCAAAAAUACGCAUAUUAUGCACUAUAUUUGCGGCUGAACCGUUUUGGACAUAAGCUUUUGGGGUUACUGUGCAGAUCAGGGUGUGUGGGGCUCGGAGGAUAAACAAACCAUCGUGACCUAUACCGCUAAAAGGUUGUACUUUUGCCGUCUUUUGUCAUAAAGAGAAGGAAAGAGGAGGAUCGCUGUCAUAUGCACGGCGAGAGCAAGGGGCGCACCGGACCUCCGUCUCCGCAGAAGAAACUUGGAAGAAACGAAACACACGGGACUUCCAGCCUGUCUCACGGGUGCAUAUGAAGCUGACAGCUUAAAUACUAAGAGGGGAGUCGCUUUCGACGCCCAAGUGAACACGACGCAUCCCGCGGCGGAACGGCGAGAAGAAAAGUAAAUUAUUAAAAAGUUGUCUUGGCAAACUUUGUCGCAUCUCUUCGGCCGUCCGGCGAGCUGCGGCAGAUUCAGGCAAAACGGCCGGGAAUCCAUCAGAUAAACCUCAGUACUGCGGGGAAAGGAAAUAAAAAGAGAAAGACUGGCCACACGAUACGCAAUUUAGAAGAAACAAAAGGUACUUGGGACGGUGGAAAACGCUGAGACGGAGGCGCUCAUGGGGACAAAGUCGCCAGAAGAAUGGGAGAGGAGAAUAAACGGUAGUAUGUGAAGGAUCGGUACGCAGCCCGUUUGAUCCUCAAUCAUAAACGUUAUUGAAAGCUCGUGGAAAGCGUCAUACGGAAGCUGAAGAAUGGGACUUGGGAAGGACAUUCAGGGCAGUAAUUAAUAUGCACAACUUCUAAGGCGAAGUCCCGUUUGAGGAGGAUAGAGAGGGUGAAAGAAGCGAAGGAACCGAUCGCCUGCGUCUGAAGACCCCUAAGAGGCGUGAUCGGUGUCUGCUGAGCUGUCGGAGGAGGUGGACAGUGUGGCCAGACAGACAGACAGACAGACAGUGUUGGAGUGAGGCCGCUAAUUGUCGAGACUGUGCCUCAUCUGCAUAUCCAGUGUGUCCGCUGGACUUCAGCCAAUCCCCCCUCACGCAGCACCAUUAAUCCCGAUGCAUUAUUCACUAUCAUAAUUAUAUACCGACAUGCGCAAUCCGCACAACAGCAACACCAGCUAAUUUCCGUAAUUUUGCAACUCGACUAUUUGUGAACAUUGCACCCCCCCUCUCCCCAACCCCAACACACACCCCCUCCCCGGACCGCUCGUCGCUGAUGUAUCUGCAAAAAGCAGAAACAGCUCGCAGCGAACCGUCAGCAUGUCCCGCCGCAAGCAAGCCAAGCCGCAGCACCUCAAGUCGGACGAGGAACCGACGUUGGCAGGCGUCGUUUCUGAAAAUGAUGUGCUUUGCAGUAAGGGGGGUGAAUUCCAAGCACAUUAUCCUGUAAUGACAGGAAAUGGCCAAAUCACUUUGGCUGAAUUCCGGACAAUCCGGUGUGUCCCACACAAAUCGCACCAGGAUCCUCCACAGCAGAGCCAGUCAGCUCCAGGAGAGGGAGUGGAUGAUGGUGACAGUGGGAACGAGAGCCGGAGCGGCAGUGAGGAGACCCACGUGUGUGACAAGUGCUGUGCCGAGUUCUUCAAGUGGUCAGACUUCUGUGAGCACCUGAAGAUCUGCACCAAAAACCCUUUGGUGCUCAUAGUGAAUGAGGACGAGGCCACACCCGACCCCCAGGACUUCACAGGUCAGCCGUCGCCGGCCGGCAGCUGCCAAAGUGAGCCAGGUGACAGUGAGGAUGCGGACGAAGGUGCUGCACCAGGAGAGGGUGAUGAAGGUGCUGAGGCGAUAGCAGGGUCGGUCUUGAAAGUCGCCCCAGAGAAGGAGGAUGAGCCCAUGGAGGUGGAGCGGUCUCCUGAGAAGCCCGUCGAUCCAGAGGAGCCAGUCGGUUCACCGGAACCUGAUGCCCCACUACCUCAGAUUGCAACCCCGCCUUCUGUGACGGUCUACAGCAUGCCGAGCACCAACGUGACCCUGGAGACUCUGCAGAGCACCAGAGUGGCCGUGGCACAGUUCUCCCAGAGCUUCCGCGUGGGCCCAGGCGGAGUCUCCACCGUAGCCAUCCCCAUGAUCCUGGACCAGCUGAUGGCCCUGCAGCAACAGCAGAUCCACCAGCUCCAACUCAUUGAGCAGAUCCGAAGCCAAGUGGCCAUGAUGAACCGGCAGCCCAUGCAACCGGUUCUCAACCCCGUCGGCGUCCCCCAGGGGCCGCCCUCCAUCCCUGCUGCCAGCCAGCUCCAGCUGCAGGGCUUCAUCACCCCUCCAGUCCACCAGCUGCCCAUCAGGGUACCCUCAGCUGCCAGUGGACAGCCCUCCAUCUCACUAGCCUCAUCUCUAGAAGGACCACAUUCACUCUCGUCCCAGACGGGCUCUGGGCCCCCCGCUCCCGGAAUAACCAACAGCACUUUGGUUUCUGCUGCCUCCAGCCUCCCCCCGUCCAGCUGCAGCUUGGUGUCUUCUCUGCUUCCACCUUCCUGCGCGGUCACGAAUGCAAACAGCGGCGGCGGCAGCCAGUCCCGGAAUUCCUCAAGCCCCCCAUCCUUGGGCCACGGCAGCAUCCUAAGCCCACCUUCCAGCCUUCCACUCCUACCUCAGAGCUCCUCCAGCAGCGUCAUCUUCCCCAACCCGCUGGCUAGCAUCGCCGCCACAGCCAAUGCGCUGGACCCGCUCGCCGCCCUGAUGAAGCACCGCAAGGGGAAGCCGCCCAACGUGUCCGUGUUCGACACCAAGCCCAGCUCAGAAGAUCCCUUCUUCAAACAUAAGUGCCGGUUCUGUGCCAAGGUGUUCGGCAGCGACAGCGCCCUGCAGAUUCACCUGCGCUCGCACACCGGGGAGCGGCCCUUCAAGUGCAACAUUUGCGGUAACCGCUUCUCCACCAAGGGGAACCUGAAGGUUCACUUCCAGAGGCACAAAGAGAAAUACCCUCACAUCCAGAUGAAUCCUUACCCAGUUCCCGAAUACCUCGACAACGUGCCCACUAGUUCUGGCAUACCGUACGGAAUGUCUUUGCCCCCCGAAAAGCCCGUCACGACGUGGCUGGACAGCAAGCCCGUUCUACCGACUGUUCCUACAUCAGUGGGCCUCCAGUUGCCCCCCACUCUUCCUAGCAUGGGGAACUACAGUGAUUCUCCAAGUCUUACUCCCCUGAGCAGAUCACCGCAGAGGCCAUCCCCAGCCUCCAGUGAGUGUGCUUCCCUUUCUCCUAACAUCCUAGGGCCUGAACCCAACACUCCCAUGGCUUCAGAGUCCUCACAGCCUAACCUUGGAGUUGACGGACCUCCUGUCCUAAAACCAGAGGGCAUCCUCCUUCCCUCAAACUGCACAGUCCGCCCAGGAGAGAGCUGUACAACAGUGACCCAAGUGGUUGUCUCAGCCACCAUUACUACAACCACAGCGUCAACCACGCAGGUGACAGAACCCAUCACCCCACCCUCGUCCAUUUCCAGCGCUAUAGUUCCACUAAUGUCGGACCAGUUUAAGGCUAAGUUUCCCUUCGGGGGUCUUCUAGAUUCUAUGCAAACUUCAGAGACCUCGAAGCUGCAGCAGCUGGUUGAGAACAUUGACAAAAAGAUGACAGACCCAAACCAGUGUGUGAUUUGCCACCGUGUCCUCAGCUGUCAGAGUGCCCUGAAGAUGCACUACCGCAUUCACACCGGGGAGAGGCCCUUCAAGUGCAAGAUCUGUGGCCGGGCGUUCACCACCAAGGGCAACCUCAAAACACACUUCGGAGUCCACAGGUCCAAGCCACCUCUGCGGGUCCAGCACUCCUGUCCCAUCUGCCAGAAGAAGUUCACCAAUGCAGUGGUCCUCCAGCAGCACAUCCGAAUGCACAUGGGCGGUCAGAUUCCCAACACCCCUCUGCCCGACAGCUUCCAGGACAUGGAUACGGACCUCUCUCUGGAUGAGAAGAGCUUGGACGCAAUGAGCAACUAUGACGAUGAACUGAUUGAUGAGAUGGAGCAGUCCAUGGAGGAGGACAAUGAUUUCAAGGAGGGAGAGCUGGACCCUUCCAAACCUCUGAUCUCUUACUCAGUCAUGUCCCCCAGUUCUCCUCCCUCUGUCAUCUCCAGCAUUGCAGCCCUGGAAAAUCAAAUGAAGAUGAUUGACUCCACUGUGAACAUGACCCACUCCUUUGGGCUGAAGUCAUUGGAGAACGGCUUUCUAGAGAGUGACCGCCUGACUAACGAUUCUUCUUCUGCGGUUGGUGAUCUAGAGAGCCAGAGUGCUGGCAGCCCCGCCCUCUCAGAGUCCUCCAACUCCAUGCACGCCCUUUCCCCAGCCCACAGCCACUCUGAGAGCCUGCGGUCUAAGUCUCCAGGGGCACCCAAUAUGGAAGAGAUGCCAGACACAGUCAUGGCGGUGAAGUCCGAGAAGUCUGACACCCCGUCACCAGUGUCCGCAUCUGAAAACGGCGGGGCGCUUGAUCUGACAGCAACCCAGCCCAUCAGGUCCUUCAGUCAAGAGGAGACCCAGUUUGGCAUGCUGCUCCUCAGCCGAGAGCGUGGUACAACACAAAGCACACCCAGCCUGGUUACCACGGCACCCAGCCUCAUCAAGGUCGAGGUGAACGGACAUAACAAGCCAGCGUCGGUGAGUGAGGGCCCCCACCUCGCCCUGGGAAUCCAGGUGCCCGCGCCCCCGACGGGCACCGUGAGCCCGGGCCUGGCCCCCAUGCUGGCCCCCCCGCCACCCCGCCGGACCCCCAAGCAACACAACUGCCACUCGUGCGGGAAGAACUUCUCCUCGGCCAGUGCCCUGCAGAUCCACGAGCGCACGCACACGGGCGAGAAGCCCUUUGGCUGCAGCAUAUGUGGCCGCGCGUUCACCACUAAAGGAAACCUGAAGGUUCACAUGGGCACCCACAUGUGGAAUAAUGCCCCGGCCAGAAGGGGGCGCCGUCUCUCAGUGGAGAACCCCAUGGCCCUGCUGGGUGGCGAUGCCAUCAAGUUCAGUGAGAUGUUCCAGAAGGACCUAGCAGCGAGAGCCAUGAACGUGGACCCAGGCUUCUGGAAUCAGUACGCAGCCGCUAUCUCCAACGGGCUAGCUAUGAAGAAUAACGAGAUUUCCGUCAUCCAGAACGGAGGUGUGACCCAGCUCCCUGUGGGUUUGGGUGGUGGAGGAAUCCCCUCACUGGGGGGGCUCUCUGGGGGCAUGGACAGGGCACGCACGGGAGGCAGCCCCCCCAUGACAGGUCUUGAGAAAGUUGGUAUGGACAUGGGCGUGGCACGACCCUUCUCUAGGUUUAUCGAGGAAAACAAAGAAAUUGGAAUCAAUUAAAGCAAGUUUUCCGGUGAGGGAUGCAGGGAUGGACAGACUGCAUUAAGAUGUUAAAAUCAACUGCUACACCAGUUUGAACUGUAUGUAUGAUAGUAUGUACAGGUGACAUUUUUGUUUGUUUUUGGUUUCGGAACGAUAGUGUUCGAUAUUUGUUAGAGAUUGGUCUGUCUACCUUGGUCUCAUCUCCCCUCAGCAUUUUGCUCACACGAAGAACGCGUUUCUUGUCUGGAAAUCGGUUGUCUUGCAAGACUUGCAUGGUGCUGCUUUGGUUCGUACCAGUUCCGUCCGAGGCUUAUUUUCUGUUUAUUUUUUUUUUCUAAAAAAAAAAAAAAAGACUAUAUAGGCAUCUGUGAUGGGUUCGCCUCCUGUUUGUAUCGCUGAGAUGAGGAAGUGGCGCGUCUCUCAGGGAACACGCGGAGAGAGACUGGCUGAGUCACGUCCUGACCUGUGUACGCUCUUCCACAGGAGAACUUCUGAUUUACGAGAAAAAAAAAGUACAUUGUUUUAGUGCUCGUCUAAUAUUUUUUCUCAUAAAGUAGAGAACUUGAAAAAUGUUUGAACUAUUUUAAUCUUUACAUCUAGUCCAUUGACAUUGUGUAAUAUUAAUGUCCGGUGUCUUUAGUAUUUAUAAUAUUGAAAUAAGCGGGUAUAAAAAGGUAUAUUUAAUAGCCCCAACAUUUUAUUGAUCUUUUUUUUCUAAAUUACAGACUUCAGAUAUAAAUGUCUCUUUCAAAUAAAGACAUAAAUGUCAUUUCAUCUGAUCGAAACGAAGCCAUUGUGACGUUUUGUUUGGGACUUUAGCAUGACGGAGUGGAACGUGAAGUAGGAGUUGGCACGGGCUGCUAUUUUGACAUUUGUGCUGUUAAGAGACAACUUUUGUAAAUGUGUUGUCUAAAAUGAUAAAAUAAAAAAA